CGAGAACGCAGUGAUGAGGGAGCAUUUUAAAGGUCAGAUGACAACGAUGUUAUGGGGGUCAGUUAAAAUUCAUAUUUGCAUUGUUUAUAUGUUAUGGAAUACAACUUGUACAUGCGCGUAACUUCCAGCAAGUUUUCAACUAUAGUUUAGCUAAAAAGGAGGUUUUUAUGACGCAUAUUGAGUCCUCCCCGAACAUACCCGAAGCUCAAGACACCGGGGUGUGGUUAUUCUAUCCACCGCAAGGGCUACCAGAAGUGACGUUGCAAUUGCCAAACACAGUGCGCGACACUCUAUACGCAAUGGCGAGCAACGUGUUGGAAUAUGUGGAGGAGGAGGAUUUCGACGUACAGGAGCACCCAACUGAACUUGGCAUCGUCAAAGCGUGCAUGUUUGAGCCGAUCAGGAGGUCGGAACCUGACAGUGAAGACAACGGGCAGCCAAGUAGCAGCCGUUCAACAGAAAAAGAGAGUGGCCACUGGCUCGAUGUGACGUACCGGGAUGCAAAUAUGCAGGGUGUGGUGUAUGAGCUCAACAGCUACAUGGAGCAGCGCCUGGACACUGGAGGAGACAACAAGCUACUGCUCUACGAACUCUGCAACAUCAUUAAAACAGCAACAAAAGCUGAUGGAUUUGCACUUUACUUUUUGGGAGAAUGCAACAAUAGUUUGUGUUUGUUCACCCCAACGAGAUCCAAGGAUGGUUCCCCUAGCCUCGUCCCCUCUGGCCCCAUCGCAUUCGGGACAACCAUUGCAGCUCAUGUUGCCAAGACUCGCAAAACACUUUUAGUAGAAGACAUCAUGGGGGAUGAACGCUUCCCAGAUGGCACAGGGCAGGACUCAGGGAUCCGCGUUCAUUCUGUCUUGUGCCUCCCCAUCCUCACUGCCAUCGGGGACCUCAUCGCCAUCCUGGAGCUGCGUCGGCACAGGGGAAAGGAGCCCUUCAAUCUCAGCCACCAGGAGGUUGCAACAGCAAACUUAGCGUGGGCAUCAGUUGCCAUUCAUCAAGUCCAGGUGUGUCGAGGCCUCGCCAAACAGACUGAGCUCAAUGACUUCCUACUCGAUGUGUCAAAAACAUACUUUGAUAAUAUUGUGGCAAUAGAUUCGCUACUUGAACACAUUAUGAUAUAUGCAAAAAACCUGGUGAAUGCCGACAGGUGUGCACUCUUCCAGGUAGAUCAAAACAACAAAGAACUGUAUUCUGACCUGUUCGAUAUUGGUGAGGAGAAAGAAGGCAAGCCAGUCUUUAGGAAAACCAAAGAAAUUAGGUUUUCUAUAGAGAAAGGAAUAGCUGGUCAAGUGGCUCAGACAGGGGAAGUCUUAAAUAUCCCAGAUGCCUAUGCAGACCCGCGGUUUAACCGAGAGGUGGACCUAAAAACCGGUUACACCACGCGGAACAUCCUGUGCAUGCCCAUCGUGAGCAGGGGGACUGUUAUCGGAGUGGUGCAGAUGGUGAAUAAAUUAAGCGGUAGUGCCUUCACUAAAACAGAUGAGAACAACUUCAAGAUGUUUGCUGUCUUCUGUGCCCUGGCCUUACACUGUGCAAAUAUGUACCAUCGAAUUCGCCACUCUGAAUGCAUUUACAGAGUGACAAUGGAAAAACUGUCUUACCACAGCAUCUGCACCUCAGAAGAAUGGAAAACACUCUCUGAGCUCAACCUUCCCACACUCAUUUAUAAAGAGAUCGAAAUGUUUCACUUUGACAUAAAUCCUUUUGAGGAGAUCUGGCCUGCAGUUUUCAUCUACAUGGUUCACAGCUCCUGUGGAAAGAGCAGCUUUGAGCUGGAGAAGCUGUGUAGAUUCACCAUGUCCGUACGCAAGAACUACCGGCGUGUGCCCUACCACAACUGGAAGCAUGCCGUGACCGUGGCUCACUGUAUGUACGCCAUCCUACAAAAGACCCCUGGGACCUUCACAGAGCUAGAGAAGAAGGGACUCUUGAUAGCCUGCCUGUGUCAUGAUCUGGACCAUCGAGGGUACAGCAACACUUAUUUGCAGAAGUUUGACCACCCGCUGGCUGCUCUCUACUCCACCUCCACUAUGGAGCAGCACCACUUCUCUCAGACUGUCUCCAUUUUGCAGCUGGAAGGGCACAAUAUUUUCUCCAACCUGAAUUCCAGCGAGUACGAGCAGGUGCUAGAGAUCAUCCGAAAGGCCAUCAUCGCCACAGACCUGGCCCUUUACUUCAAUAACCACCAGCAGCUGUCAGAGCUUCUCACGUCAGGUGUGCUAGACUUCAACAACCACUCACACAGGGACCGUGUAAUUGGGCUGAUGAUGACAGCAUGUGACCUGUGUUCUGUAACCAAGCAAUGGCAGAUCACACGACUCACAGCAAACGACAUCUAUGCUGAGUUCUGGGCCGAGGGAGAUGAGAUGAAAAAGAUCGGGAUGCAGCCCAUCUCAAUGAUGGACCGAGACAAGAAGGAUGAAGUUCCUCAAGGCCAAGUGGGCUUCUACAAUGCUGUAGCAAUUCCAUGUUAUACAACACUAGCAGAUCUUUUCCCUCCAUCCAGUUCACUUCUAAAAGCGUGCAAGGAGAACUUGGGCCAAUGGGAGAAGAUAGCGCACGGUGAAGUGGAGGACGUCGUUCUGAGCCGGCCUUCUGAUUCAGGUCCUGUCAAGGUGGACAACUGACUACCAAAGGGGUGACUGUCCAUCAUAACGAGUUCAACCUGAACCCUGCUUUUUUUUUUUUUUUUUUUUUUUUUUUGGAGGGGGAGAGGAGCAGGAGCUCAGCAAAAAGGCGCCUUGACUGAACAAAAAAAACGCAAGUUACCUCAAUGGGUGACGGAGGUGUCAAAGCUGAUGGUUUUACCAAUCCCAGAGACUGACUGACAGCUAACGGGGAGGAACUAAAACCUAUCACCCUAAAUCCACUCAGUUUGGGAAUUUAUUUGUUAAAAUGGUUUUGUGCCAUUUUUGUUGUUUAUUUGGCUAUUUGUUAUUUGUUACUGUGUUUUUUUAAUACUGUUAUUAUUAUUAUUACUAUCAUUAUUAUUAUUUGAGUUGAUUCUUUGUGGUCUUGCAUUUGAGAGGCCUUACACGGAACCUUUCACGGGAAGGCGAUGUGAAACCUUGUAGUGUGGGUUCAUAUCCUUUUAAAAUGGUACUGUUUGCCUUCUGUGGUAAAUAAGUCACUACUACUUCAGCAAGGUAUUCAGAGACAGAAGGAAUGUGUAGUAUAUUGAACAUGCAUGGUGUAAUAAUGCCACCUUAUAGAUGAGGGGGACGUCAGAAUGUUUUUCUUUCUUUUGAGCAAAAAUCCUUUGCAGUACUUGAAUAAAGACACACAACCUGUUUCAACAAAGACAGCAGAAAUCCCGCACGAUAUAUUUUGCCAUAAAAAAGGAUGAACUGAGACCAUGAGAGAACUGGGAUUACUGUAUGUCAACACUGUCACAAGAGAGUCACAAUGCGUUGCCCCGAAGUUGACCCCCAUCAGAGCACUGCCCCAGGCCAUCACAAGCACUUGGAACCUGCUGCAAGCAGUCACAUAUGUUUAAGACAGCUUAUAAACAUUUCACAUGGGAUGUCCACAGGUAGAAGAUAAGACGUGAUUGGUGAAAAUGAGACUUGAGCACUACUCUGUGUCAUCAGUGUCAGAUCUGAUAAGCUGCAUGUAACUCUGGGAUUGUUCCGUAAGAUUGUUGCUUUAUUUUUUGCAGGUGUGUCUAACACUUCACCAAUCGCUCGUUCUCCUGAUUUUCCAAGAUCUUCUCGAAUACAGUUUUGUUGGUCUGUUCUUAAUGGUCAUUCCAAUGGACAUAGUCCCUCUAAUAAUUUGAUUCAAGAAUGCUAAGGUGGCACCAACUGUGUCAAUGUACACUUUGUUCAUUUACAGGAGCUAUGUAAAAAGUCUACACACCCUUCUUUAAAUGGUUUAAGAUCAUUUCAAGACUUUCUAACAAUAUUGAUCUAUAAGCUAUACAACUCAAUUGAAAAAAAAAAUCGUUUUGAGAGGAUAAUUCAAAUUAAACAACUGAGAUGAUGUGGCGGCACAAAUGUGUACACCCUCUUAAAUUGUCGAUGUGGCGGAGUUGAGAAUUAACCAAUCACAUUCAAACUCAUGUUAAAUGGGAGUCGGCACACACCUGCAACCAAUUGAAGCUCCUCCGAUAACCGCAAAUAAAUUUCCACUUUUGCUGACAUUUUGUUUUUCUUUCCUUUUCGUGCUAACACUGACUAGUGUUUUGAACGGUUUAUAAUUCCCUCCACCAUGACUAAGACCCAGUUCCAGCUGAAUAAAAACAGCUGACGACUGUAUUUGUGUCAAAUAAACCUUUGGGAAUUAUGGUCAAAAAGGUCAACCUUGGUUUAAUCGUGCCCGAACACAUUUUCCCACAUUCGUUUGGGAAAUUUCAAUUGUUCUUGCACAAUUUUAAACCAAGCUUGAGCAUUUUGUCCAUAAUUCCAGAAGGUACGUUUUGCGCAAACAUAACCCUGCCCACCACCACUCAACAGAAGAAAACCAUACCCACAGCAUUAAAGCAUGGUGGGGGCAGCAUCAUACUUUUCAUCUGUUUUUCUUCAGCUGGAACUGUGGUAGUCAAGGUGGAGUCAAGUGUGAGCAGUUCAAAAUACCAGUCAGUGUUAGCCCAAAACUUAUAAGUGAGUGUCCACACUUGUGCAACCACAUUAUCUCAUUUGUGUAUUUUUAUUUUCCCUCUCGAUUUUUUAAUUUCAAAUGAAUUAUGCAUGUUAUAUGUCACAAUAGUGGUGAAAAAAAGUUUUGAUGAUUUAUCUUGGUCUUAUUUUUUGCAUCACAAAAAAAUGGCAUUUGAAUGGGGUGUGUAGACUUUUUAUAUCCACUGUAUGUUCUGUUGAUCCCCUGAAUGUGGCAUGUGCAUUGAUGUGUUCUGUCUUACUAUUCAAAUUGCUUCCCGUAAGUUCCAACCAAGAGCAACAAUUAGCAUGCACAUAAACUGAAGAUGAUACAUAAUUUGCAUAUAAAGUACAGUAAUAGUUGUGUACUGUGUACAAUCUAUAAUUGAUAUUUGCUCUAAUGGUGCUAAACUGAAUGGUAGUCAUGCACUUUCUGUGUGUGUCUGCGUGUGUCUGCGUGUGUGUGCGUGUGCGCGCGCGUGUGCGCGUGCCUGCCUGCAAGUGUGUGAGUCUAUUAACUUUUACCCCACAUGGUUAAGAACACGGUGAAGUCCACAACACUGCACUGUUCCUUCUACAUUUCAGCACCAGUUAUAUCAUUAUCUGCACUAUGUUUAGCAUACCUUUAUUAUUAUUCUUGGUGAUGAUGAUUAUUAUUACUAUUAUACCUAUUAUUUUGUUAAUUAGAAUUAAAUUAACUUAUAUUUUUUUAUACAAAGAAAAAUAAUGUUGGCCUUUUUUGUUUGAGACAAACGAAACGGUCCAUACAUGUUACUGUUACCCAGAAUAAUUGAGAAAUGUUUCAAAUGUAAAUGUAAGAACAGUAGAGAAAAAUGACUUUUAUUAAAUACCUGAAAAAUAAA